AUGUUUUUAACACGAAGUGAAUAUGAUAGAGGAGUAUCUACAUUUUCUCCAGAAGGUAGAUUAUUUCAAGUUGAAUAUUCAUUAGAAGCCAUAAAAUUAGGAUCUACAGCGAUAGGUAUACAAACCAGUGAAGGAGUUAUAUUGGGAGUUGAAAAAAGAGUAACAUCAUCAUUAUUAGAAAGUUCAAGUAUUGAAAAAAUCAUUGAAAUUGAUAAUCAUAUAGGUUGUGCAAUGAGUGGGCUUACUGCUGACGCAAGAUCAAUGAUUGAUCACGCUAGAGUGAGUUCAUUAACUCAUAACUUGUAUUAUGAUGAACAAAUUGGUGUCGAAAGUUUAACUCAAAAUGUUUGUGAUUUAGCUUUAAGGUUCGGUGAAGGUGCAGAUGGUGAAAAAAGAUUAAUGUCUAGACCUUUUGGUGUUGCGUUGUUGAUUGCGGGUUACGAUGAAUUGAAAGGACCACAAUUGUAUCAUGCUGAACCAAGUGGGACUUUUUAUAGAUAUGAAGCAAAAGCUAUUGGCUCGGGGUCUGAAGGAGCACAAGCUGAAUUGAACAAUGAAUAUCACAAAAGUUUAACUUUAAAAGAAGCUGAAUUAUUGACUUUGAAAAUUUUGAAACAAGUAAUGGAAGAAAAAUUAGAUUGUAAAAAUGCUCAAUUAGCUAGUGUUACAAAGGAAGAAGGAUUUAAAAUCUAUAGUGAUGAUAAAACUGAUGCUAUUAUUAAAGUAUUAAAUGAACAAGCUACUGAUGGAGACACUGUUAUGAGUUAA